ACUAAUUGUUAUAUACUAUUGAACUAGCAUAUUGCAUAUAAAAAAUUAGUUCAAACUUUUCAAAAUUGUCCUACAAACAAUGUUUAUUAUGAAGGCUGUGAAAACAAACAUAGUGAAUGUAACCAAAAUGUCAAAUCACAUUAGGCCUACAUUCUAACAGUAGCUGUGUUUCCAUUACAGAUUUGUGCAAAACUUUUGUGAUAUUUUCGAAAUGUCGAUUAAUAAACUAUUGGAAAAUGACGCCAUUUCCAAUUUAGUCGCAUCCGUGUUAUGCGACUAAAACUCUCGUGAUAAGUCAUUUUCUAAAAGAUACUUCUUUCUGAGAGCUUUAUUUGGAGCGUAACAUUUGUCCUUCUUCCUCAUAUAUGCUUCCCUGCAUGCUUUUCAAUACUCCAAUGGAUGCUUCCUCAUUUCUUCACUCCUCCAUCCUCCAGCCUGUGACCUGGAAACCGAUCAAAGAAAGUCUCUAAGGCCAUUUUAACUCUAUAAAUGCACUGCGAGGAGGUGAGGAAUGAGGAGUGAGAAAGCUUCCUGAGGAGCUAUGAGUGAGGAUGCACAGGUGCAUAGACAUCUAAUACUAUUAGUUUCUAUUAUGUUAACUAUUAAUUGUUAAUAGUUUAAUAGUACUAUUAUUAGAUGUCACACUUCUAUGGACUAGGUGCACAAGAUGGUGCCGGUGAGCUGCUUGUGGGAUUAUUUAAAGAUCGAUUUUUGUCUCAUCUGACCACAACGCUUUCACCCAGUUCUCCUUUGAAUCAUUCAGAUGUUCAUUGGCAAACUUCAGACGGGCUUGUACAUGCGCUUUCUUAGGCAAGGGGGACCUUGCGGGCGCUGCAGGAUUUCGGUCCUUUACGACGCAGUGUGUUACCAAUCGUUUUCUUGGUAACUACACACAUUUAGCUGCCUUGAGAUCAUUGACAAGAUCUGUGUAGUUCUGGGCUGAUUCCUCAGCGUUCUCAUGAUCAGUGAAACUCCACGAGGUGAGAUCUUGCAUGGAGCCCCAGACCGAGGGAGACAGUUAUUUUGUUUCUUCCAUUUGUGAAUAAUCGCACUAACUGUUGUCACCUUCUCAGCAAGCUGCUUGGCGAUGGUCUUGUAGCCCAUUCCAGCCUUGUGUAGGUCCUACAAUCUUGUCCCUGACAUCCUUGGACAGCUCUUUGGUCUUGUAAUCAGGCGACACUUCACUGGAGCGUUUGGAUGGGUACGGAUGUCAGUUUCCAGGAAAUGAAAAGUUGACUAAGAAAACAGUUUUCAAAGAUGAUUGGACAGAGAGUCACUUUCACCAACAUGUUUCCCAUGAUCAGAAACGACUUCAUACAUUCUCCAUACAUUCUUCCUGAAAAAGACCCUGACAAAAUCAAUGCUCUCAAGACCAGGAUGAACUUCCUACAAUAUUCCCAUCAGCUCAAUCUGGAUCCAAACACAGCACAUAAACACCUCCGUCUGUCUGAGGAGAACAGAGUGAUUACUGUCACUGAAACCAAGCAGCCGUAUCCUGAUCAUCCAGACAGAUUUGAUGUGUAUCCUCAGGUGUUGUGUAGAGAGAGUGUGUGUGGACGCUGUUACUGGGAGAUUGAGUGGAAGUGUGAUGUGUAUAUAUCAGUGUCAUAUAAGAGCAUCAGCAGGAAGGGAGGGGGUUAUGAGUGUGUGUUUGGACGUAAUGAUCAGUCCUGGAGUUUGUUCUGCUCUUCUAACAGAUACUCAUUCAGACACAAUAACAUACGGACUGAACUCCAAGUAGAGCCCAUCAGCAAGAGAACAGGAGUGUAUGAUGAGGAUGAGGAUGAUGAUUUAGAGCCGAUCAUCAUCAGGAGAAUAGGAGUGUAUGUGGAUCACAGUGCAGGAACUCUGUCCUUCUACAGCGUCUCUGGAGACACAAUGAGCCUCAUCCACACAGUCCAGACCACAUUCACUCAACCGCUCUAUCCUGGGUUUAGUGUUUAUUGUUCUAGAUCAUCAGUGAAACUGUGUUGA